UACAACAGGAGCGCAAAAUGGCGGAACCGCCGGGUCUAGUGCACGGCGCCUCCGCCGCCGCCGCCGUCUCGGAGAAAGAAACGUUUGGCAAGCUGCAGCCCCCCUCCCGGGAGCCGCCGGGUCCUCUGUCCGCAAAGAAGAUCCGGACUGAGGAGAAGAAGACGCCGCGGAGAUUGAACGGAGAAGGAGGCAGCGGCGGCAACAGCAGGCAGCUGCAGUCUCCCGCGGCACCUUCGCCUCAGAGCUAUGGCAGCCCUGGGUCUUGGAGCUUCGCCGCUCUGUCUGCUGCCCCCUCCCCGUCCUCUGCUCGGAGCAAUUUCUCUUUCUCCGCCAGCACGGCCGUUCCCUCCUCAGCCUCUGCUUCCUCCCUGUCCCAGCCGGUGCCGCGCAAACUGCUGGUCCCUCCUACGCUGCUGCACGCUCAGCCUCACCAUCUCCUGCUGCCGGCAGCCGCCUCCUCGGCCAACGCCAAGCCGCGCAGACCCAAGGAGAAGCGGGAGAAGGAAAGGAGGAGGCACGGCCUCGGCGGCGCGGGCGAGGCCGGCGGGGCAGCCCGCGAGGAGAACGGGGAGACGAAGCUGCCGCCGCGAGAUAAAAUCAAAGACAAAAUUAAAGAGAGAGAGAAAGAGAGAGAAAAAAAGAAGCAUAAAGUAAUGAAUGAGAUCAAGAAAGAAAAUGGAGAAGUAAAGAUUUUGUUGAAAAGUGGGAAGGAGAAACCAAAAACAAGUGUAGAAGACUUACAAAUUAAGAAGGCAAAGAAGAAGAAGAAAAAGAAACACAAAGAGAAUGAAAAACGGAAGCGUCCAAAAAUGUAUAGCAAAUCUAUUCAAACCAUCUGCUCAGGAUUGCUAUCCGAUGUUGAAGAUCAAGAAGCCAAAGGCAUCCUAAAUGAUAAUAUAAAGGAUUACAGUGGAAAGAAUUUGGAUACCAAGAACUGUGAUUCCAAAAUUCCAGAGAACAGUGAGUUUCCAUUUGUCUCAUUAAAGGAGCCAAGGGUUCAGAACAACCUCAAAAGGUUGGACACUUUGGAGUUCAAACAGCUCAUUCAUAUUGAACACCAGCCUAAUGGAGGUGCAUCAGUUAUCCACGCCUACAGCAAUGAACUCUCCCACCUGUCUCCUGUGGAGAUGGAGAGGUUUGCAGAAGAGUUUGUGGAUCUGGUGUUUAGUGAAAACGAGAGUUCUGCAGCUUUCUAUGUAAUGGGUAUUGUUCAUGGGGCAGCUACUUAUUUACCUGAUUUUUUAGACUACUUUUCAUUUAAUUUUCCCAAUUCACCAGUGAAAAUGGAGAUAUUGGGAAAGAAGGAUAUAGAGACAACAACUAUGUCCAAUUUUCAUGCUCAGGUAAAAAGAACCUAUUCUCAUGGUACUUAUAGAGCUGGCCCAAUGCGACAAAUCAGCUUGGUGGGAGCAGUUGAUGAAGAAGUGGGAGAUUACUUCCCUGAGUUCCUUGAUAUGUUGGAAGAUUCACCAUUUUUAAAAUGUACACUGCCAUGGGGGACACUAUCCAGCCUAAAAUUAGAGAGUCGAAAAGAUAGUGAUGAUGGUCCCAUCAUGUGGGUACGCCCAGGAGAACAAAUGAUCCCUGUGGCUGAUAUGCCAAAGUCACCUUUCAAAAGGAAAAGAACUACCAAUGAAAUAAAAAACCUGCAGUACCUACCUCGAACUAGUGAGCCCCGUGAGAUGCUUUUUGAAGACAGAACAAGAGCUCAUGCAGAUCAUAUAGGACAAGGUUUUGAACGACAGACUACAGCUGCUGUUGGAGUGUUGAAGGCUGUGCACUGUGGAGAGUGGCCUGAUCAACCCCGAAUAACCAAAGAUGUAAUUUGUUUUCAUGCUGAAGAUUUCUUAGAAGUAGUUCAGCGAAUGCAGUUAGAUUUACAUGAACCUCCACUGUCCCAGUGUGUCCAGUGGGUUGAUGAUGCAAAACUUAAUCAACUGAGGAGGGAAGGCAUUCGCUAUGCCAGGAUUCAGCUGUAUGAUAAUGACAUUUAUUUUAUUCCAAGGAAUGUUGUUCAUCAGUUCAAGACAGUUUCAGCUGUGUGCAGUUUAGCAUGGCAUGUUCGGCUCAAGUUAUAUCACUCACAGGAGGACACUGCUCAGAAUACAGUUACUCAUGAAACAGGCACAUCACCAGAUUCCACAUCAUCAGUUCUGGGACAUCACACUGACAACAUGAUUUGUGCUGUGAGCAAAACCUCCUUGGAUUCUGUUUUUUCAGACAAACUUCAUUCUAAAUAUGAGUUACAGCAGAUUCAACAUGAACCUAUUGCAUCUGUAAGAAUCAAGGAAGAACCCGCGAAUGUGUAUAUUCCUGAAAAGACUGGAGCACCAAAUAAUAUGGAUGGCAAGAAUGUUAAAACAAAACUGGAUCAUGUUCAAUUUACAGAAUUUAAGAUUGACGUGGACUCUAAAUUUGAAAAUAGCAACAAAGAUUUAAAGGAAGAGUUAUAUCCUGGAAGUCUCAUAAGUCUAGUUGAUACAAGGCAACAUAGUUCAGCACAUUCAAAUCAAGAGAGAAAAGAUGAUGACAUUUUGUGCUAAAUUUGUACAUACCAUUUAAUAUUCUUUUUUUUCCUUAAACCUAAUAAUGUAAUAAAGAUUCAUGAAUUCUGAAAGCAAGCCAAGGACUUGCUCCCAAGUCUGUUACAAAAUUUAGUUUAUGUAGCUUUGUAACAUUCCUCAGUGCCUGUCCAUAACUGUGAAGUAUCAAAGCACUUAGGGCCAGAUGCACUGUAAACAUUGCAGGUUUAAACAAAAGGAGUCUUUAAAAAAAAUCAUUUGAGUUGGAGUUGUAGGUUUUAGAAUAGAGCUGACAUUAAUACAUAUAUAUAUAUAUAUUUUGUAAUAUGAGCCAGAAUUCUUUUUUGACAAUUUAAGGCUUUUCCAUAGAGCUUAUUUAUACCUUUUUUUUUUUAAUUUUAAAUGUGUCAGCACUGUAGUGUAAAUAGCUUUAAAAAAUCUUUUUAGUGUGAUUUAUACUGAAAUGUGAGCCACUUAAUAAAGGUUCAUAAUAAAUAUGUUUUCUGUCGGGUCUGAAGAAAAAACUGACAAUUCAGUUAAAUCAUUUAUUUGAUCUUUUAUGUUUCUGCUGGUAUAUCCAUUUAGAGUGCUAAUGGAGUGCAAAUGUAUGUAUUCAAAUCUAGUGAAUAUUUAAAUUUCCCACACUGUGCAAGCAUUUUUAAAACCAAGAUUCAGUUAUGAAAGCAUAUUUAUAUGUGUGUGUGUAUGUAUGGGCAUAUAUAUAUGUUAUCAUGUUUUGCAUAAUUUCUUUAAUUGCUGAAUGAGAUGAAUAUGUGAAACUUCCUAUACGCCCUGAGAUACAUUUUUAAAUAUUUAUAUUCAACAUUAAGAAAUCAGUUUAGGUAAUAGAAACAAUUUUAUAAGUUGGGAGAAAUAAGGUCUGUUAGUGAUACCUAAUCCUUCUAACUAAUGAAGUUAUGUGGCCAGAUUAUACAGCCCUAUUAACAUGAAUUUUCUUUGUAGUGUAUGGAAUAAGAAGUUGAGAAAAUAUUCUUACUAAUCAGCACCUAUACUAUACCUAAUAGUAGCUGAGAAAAAAUGUUCAUUUAUAGAAAGUUUAAUUCUGAGCAGUUAAAAUCCUUUAUUACAUUUUUCUUGAGGAACAGGAGGAAAAUAUGGCAAACACAAAUUAUUAAAAUAAGGGCAGUGACUCAGCUGCCGUAUACAGAGAGAGAACUAACAAAAUAAGAUUUAUUACCUCAUCUUUGUAAGCAUCCCUCUCUCUACCCUAGCAAGGUAAAAAACUUAGAGUUUUUUGUUCGUUUGUUUUUGGUUUUGUUUUGUUUUGUUUUUUCAAAAGAAGCUCUAGAAAGUAAAAUUGGAAUAGGAAAUAGGAUUGCCAGUGCCUAGCUAAAGAUGAUUGAAACAAAUCUCUUAAAUAAUGGCGUUGAUUCAGAUUGCUUCCACUGCUGUCAUUAAAAGUCAAACAAGGGCUUCCUAGGUGGUGCAGUGGUUGGGAAUCCGCCUGCCAACGCAGAGGACAUGAGUUCAAUCCCUGCUCCAGGCAGAUCCCACAUACCAUGGAGCAGCUAAGCCCGUACACCAAAAAAAAAAAAAAAGUCAAACAAAUGUCUUUAAUGUAUGCGUUCAUGUUAGGGACUCUGCUCAUUGUGAAUCUGUUUUCUUUUAUUAGAAUUUGGUAUUUUUCUGGGCUCAUACUUUGGUUGAUUGCUUUCAACUGAGGUUCUUCGUGUUGCCUUUUGAGCUAGUGUUGCUGUUUCCAUUUCAAUGGUUUCUGCUCUGGCCUCAUUUAUGGUACCCAUAAAACUCUCUGGUAGAGGCAUUUCACCAGAAAAAAUAAAAUACAGCAGUGAUGUCAUUUCUGGCCUCCAAUUUAAAAGGGUAGACAAGUAUUGUAAGGAAAUCUCAGUGGUUUGUAGGAAAUCAAUAUAUUUGCAUCAUAGGAAUUUUCAUGGAGUAAGGAAAGUAUAAAUCAUGAACAUGUAAAUAGGGAUUUUGUUUUAUAUAUUGCUUUCUUAUACUGCUUCUCACCACCUUAAUCUUCUAUUUUAAGCUAAAUUUAUGUAUUUGCACCUAACUUUUUUGGAGACAAAAGUUUAUAACAAACCAGUAUUGAAAAUUGAGAGAGAAUGUGGUAAAAAUGUUUAGGUUUUUCUUUCUUUAAGUGAAGGGUGACAUAUUUAACAAGGUUUGUUUUAGCUCUAAUUUUCCAGUGUCAUACACAUAGAUUCAUGAGGCCAUACUGUAACAAAAUGUCUUUAGGAUAUCCCUCCAAAAUAUAUGAGCCUUAAACUUUUAACUUGAAGACAUAUCUAAAACAACCAGAGUGGUUGCUUUUAAGUGUAGAUGCCUAUAUAACCUAUAGCCAAACUCAUAUUUUGAAAAUUUAAUUGUUUUGUAAAAUGCAUACAUCUCUGUGGGGGUGAAACACAAGUCAGUGAACCCAGAUUUCAAGAUACAACCUUGUCACCUUGUGUAAUGCUUGUGUUCCUGUCUUAUAGGUUUUAAUUUAAAAAUUUUCUUCAGAUGCAGUCUGAGAACUUGUUGGCUAUGUUUAUUACAUACAAAUAAUUUUUAUUUCAAUAUUGCAUUAUAUUAAUGGUUUUCUAGUUAGUACAUUCCAGUUCUUUAUCCGAACACAACUUUUUUGCUGUUAUUUCUAAUUUCUUGGACCAGAACAAUAAAGUACUUAAGAUAUAGUUUCUCUAUGAACUUAUGCUAUGUAGAAUAAACAGUUGUUAUGUAAGUUAUUAAAUUGCUAUACAGACUUUUACAAAAAAAACUAAGGUACCUCAGUGGUGUCUGCUACAGUAAUUUUUUUCUUUUUAAUUAUUUUUGUUCAUAUCCUUUUAGCUAAGUAAUAUAUAUUUCAUACUCAGGUUAGCUGGUUAGCUAUCAAAAGAAUUAAGCAUUUGUGAUAGUUGGUUGAAAACUUUACUAAAGCCAUAUUCAUUAUCUUCUUUGUCACUAUAGCUCUUGACCUUAAAUAAAGAUUAGGUUGAUAGAUCACACUGUGUGCACGUGUGCGUGUGUGUAUAAGGUUAUUGGAAAUACUGUUUGUUUCCAUAUAUAUUCAUUUUUAAUCCAUUCUGUAACUUUGUUGGGGGGGUGGUUAUGGAGGGUAGGAAGUAUUUUAUUUCUUGGGUUAAGUCUUCAAGGUAUUCAUUAGUGUUCCUGAGUGUAAAACAGGUUUUUCCCAAAUAUUUACGGCAGGUAAGAUCAUCUUUGUAAAUAGUAGAUUAGCACUGUUUGGUAAAUUUGGAUUCAGUUAUUUUUUGGAUAAUUUCAUUGUCAUGUAAAGCACAUAUCUCAGUUCAUUUUGCAUUUAGCAAAGGUGCAGGAUUUAUUUUUGAAGUUUGAGAGGAAUUUUCCUUGUCUUCCACCUUUCAAUAAAUACUAAAAUUGAUAA